UUUAUGUAUUUAUUUUUUACCUUUCAGCAAAAUGAUGCUCCAACACCCAGGCCAGGUAUCUGCAUCUGAAGUCAGCGCCUCUGCAAUUGUUCCUUGCUUGUCCCCUUCGUUAUCACUGGGGUUUGAAGAUUUCACAAAUCUAACCCCCCUGGUGAAAGAAGAAUUGAGAUUUGCCAUUCAAAAUAAGCGCCAAUACCACAGGAUGUCUUCUACAUUGGACACAGUGACAGUUUCAGAAAGAAUGGUUGAAACAUCUGUUCUGAAAACAGAGUUUGCACCUGAAGAAGAUGAAAGGAAAAAGAGGAGAAGGGAAAGGAACAAAAUUGCAGCUGCAAAAUGCCGAAAUAAAAAGAAGGAAAAAACAGAAUGUUUGCAGAAAGAAUCAGAAAAACUGGAAACUAUCAACGCAGAACUAAAAGCCCAGAUUGAAGAACUAAAGAAUGAGAAGCAGCAUUUGAUAUACAUGCUCAAUCUCCAUAGGCCUACUUGCAUAGUCCGAGCGCAAAAUGGGAGAACACCUGAGGACGAAAGGAACCUCUUUAUUCAACAGAUCAAAGAAGGAACAUUACAGGGCUAAGUGACAAUGAUGAGGCAAAACAAAGAGUCCUCAUAAGUACAUCUCCACACCAAAAAUCCAGAAUCCACGGAGGAUCUGACUUAAGGUGUAUCUGCAGGAUUCUAUUAGUCAAAAACCAAUAGGCAGGAGGGUUGCUUUGUUAAGCAGGAAGGAUUGUGUUGGCUCAGCUGUGAUCCUUCCCCUCAAAAGACUUGCUCAUGCUCAAGUCAGAGUCCUCUGCCUCAACUCUAGGUUUUAGUACGUCACAUGUGCUGUUCCUAGAAGCUACCAACAACAACCGCAGAAGUUUUACGUUUCUGCUUGUAUACAGUACCUGCACUUGUGAUGUCUGUGCUAGAACACUAUGACUUCCAAUGAUGCACUUCAUACAGACAGCAGUGCUGGAUGGACACUACCUUUCCUUGUUGCUAGUAGGAAAAGCAGAGAGAGUAUUUUCAGAGCUUUCAAGUUUUCAGAAUGAUGCGUUCUGGAAGAAUGUGUUGGUAUGUAAUAAUGCAUUUUAACCUAAUGCAAAAAAGCCUUUAGUUUCAAAUUAAGCAUUGUAUUUUUUUUCUUUACAACACUUGUGUGGGUUUUUGUAUGACUCAUCUCAGACUUUGAUUCUGAGAAGUUUAGUAGGUGUGACAAGCAUCAGUAUCUUGCAAAAUGUCUGUGUAGCUAAAAAAAAAGUUUGCAUUUACUGAACUGGAGCUCUCACACUGUUCUUCAGCGAUUGCAGUUGUGCCAUGAAAUACAGGCAGGCACUUUGCCCUGUGAGCACUUAAUGCACAAUAUCCAAUAUACACAGUAUUUCAAAGCAGUUAUAGGGAUCAAAUUUACACAGUAAAAGUAGACUUGCCAAAUCUGAACUUCCUUGAAAAUGAGUUCCUGGGUCUAUGCUUUAAUUUUACUGAAGUAUUAUUCAUUCUGUGUGAAAUUCACCUGUGUGUGGAGAGUUAGUUGAAGUGUGAAGAGGGAAUUAGCUGGGAAAGGAUUCAGUGAGUUUUGUCUGAAAUAAGGACUGCAGGACUGAAUCCAAAGUUUGUGAAUCAUAGCAAAUGGAAGUGGAAAAGACUUAGAUUACCUAGGAUUUGAUCCUGCAAACUUUCACUUGUUAGUAAUUCUUACUCAUACACUUCAGUGGGACUCGUUCCAAGAGUAGCUCUUAUGCACAUGACUAAGGUUUUGAGGGACUCUAAUGCAACACUCUGUCAAGAUUACUUCCUGUUGUCAUAUGAUUCAUAA